AUGAUAUCUGACAAGCACGAGCUUGUUGUCCAUCGCGUGCGCAUGAAGCUUGAUGCUUACGCUGCCCGGCGAGGCAUUGCCCCCGCUGCAGUGUGGAAAGAAGCGGUCAGCAGAACCUCAGCACAACUGCCGCACCUUCGACAGCGAGAAGCAGGGAGAGGCCGCCGUGAAUCGUCAGAAGCACAGGGCCAAUACCCAAAGGCCUCAGCAAGUUCUGAGAAGGAGUCAGCACCUUUGCACAGGGGUGAGUCUCCCUCCAGAAGCAUUUCACCACAGAAAGAACAUCGCCGUCAUACCCAGCAAAACCGCCACAGAGAAGGCCACAGGCAGGGGUCCCGCGAAGCAAGCAAAGCGGAUGAACAGAGGAGUGGCCAGCACGGAAAGAGCCACGACCAUGCAGACGCUUCGGCGCCUUCCCAUAUUGAAACUGGUAGCCCCACAAAGAGUGCUGCCACUGCUGCAAAACCGAACAACCGUAGCCGCUCGCCGACAUCAAAGCAUCGGGAAGAGAGUGCGAGGGCUGAUGGGACCUCACAAAGGAGAACGCCAUCAAAAACCCGAGAGAAGGGUAAAAGGAAGGGUUCGGUCUCCCCAGCCUCCAACGAUCAGCGCGAGGAGGGCGAGCAAGCAAACCAUCCCAUCGAGUCAACGCCACCUGAGGCAGUGCCGACGCAUGGAGAAGACAAAACUCGUGAAGAAGCUAAAGCGCAGCGUACAAAGCCCAAACCGUCACGGCGCCGUCGACAACAACCAAACGAACAGCCAGAUGAUAAAGGUACUCCAGCAGAUGCUGGUGAAUUUAAAUCAGUAAAGAAGAUAUCGAAAGGCAUCUUAUCGAGAGCUGGGACUCUUUUCAGAAAGCAGGGGACGAAGAAGACAGGAGAGUAG